UCGAGAGCUCCAGAUGGUGAGGCAGAUCAGCGGCCAAGGGCAGACCAAGGGCAUGCUGCUGACCGCCAUCCGAAGCAGCAUGUCUGCAAUCUGCCCGGAGUUCCUUGGCAACCGUCAACAGGACGCCCAUGAAUUCUUCCUCUUCCUUCUAAUUCAAAUGAAGGAAGAGGGAGCCUCCCAGCUGGCCCAUAGGUGUCCCGUGGCAAAUCUGGAGUUCCACAUCACCACGGUCUAUACAUGUAGCACCUGUGGAAUCAGCCGGGACAGGGAGGAGAUGUUCAACCACCUGUCGUUGCCAGCAGAGGAGGGUGGUGUGGAGCACAGCCUUGACAGCUACUUUCAGACCACUGGGGUAGAAUAUGGCUGCCAGCUGUGUGUGGGCAGGCACGCAACAGCCAAAUCCCACUUCACCACCAUGCCAAAAAUCCUCGUCAUUCACCUGAAGAGGUUCAACGCCAAAGGCUGCAAAACAAGCCAUAACAUCAGCAUCCCGCUCCAACUACGGCUUAGCAGCGGCGAGGACGUUCAGAGGGCUUGGUCCCCACCUCCCAUCAGCUCAGCCAUGGACAGUGAAGGACAGGAAAGUUCAGGAGAUAGAGUGGCGCCCACUGUGCACACGUACCAUCUUGUCAGUGUGGUGUCACACCUGGGGAGCAGCCUGAAGAGGGGCCACUACGUCUGUGACGCUGUUGGAGAGGAGGGGAGCGAUGGGCUGUGCUUUGAUGACAAUAGCGUGAAACCCGUUAAAAACAUCGAACGUAAACGCCAAAGCACAGCCUACCUCCUCUUCUAUGAGCACAGGACGUGAGGCCCCCUUCAGCGCUCCGACCACCGAGCGCGGGCUGCUCCCCAGACCCCACCACCACCUCCACCACUUCCUCCUCCACCUCCACCUCCUCCUCCUCCACCACCACCACUUCCUCCUCCACCUCCACCACCUCCAAUACCAGGUCUCCCGAGACCCCAGACCCCCUCCACCUCCACCACCACCACUUCCACCUCCAUGGGCUACAGAAGGCCCUAAGGGGGCUCCAAUCCCAGGUCUCCCGAGAAACCCCCC